AAGUCAUGUUGUACAUCUAAUCCAAUUCCGGUUAAUGAAAUUUUUAAUCAGAAUUUUUUUUUUUUCCAAAUAUUUAUUAUUUCUUAAUUUUCAUUUUUUUUUCUUGAACCAAUCUUUUACUUUUGGUUCUUUCUUUUUUUUUCAAAUUUCGUCUUUUCUCUUUCGAAACACCUUUUUUUUUUCCCGGUUGGCUUUUUUCAAAUCCGAAAAUUUUUUUCCCCUUCUCUUUUUUCGGUUUGGCUUUAUUUUUUUUCCGAAUACAUUCUUUCACCAUUUAGGUUUGGAUCAGUGAUCAGAUCGAUGUUGUGGCGCCAUGGUUUUUUUCCGAUUCUUAUUAUUAAUAAUAUCAUUUUUUAGGUUGUAUCAAGCUCAAACAUAAUUACUUAUUUAUUUAUUUUUGUAAUAGAUCGUUAUAAUUAAUUUUCCUGGGAAUUUUUUUUUUUCAUUUUAAUUAGUUAGAUUUUUUUUUUUCUAUAACAAUAGAUUGCUAUAAUGAAUUUCUUUG